AUGGGCAACUGGGUAGAAAAUGAGUGGAAGUGGCAGUUCUAUUGGAGGAGGACGUGGCUUCAAAGAGACCAAAUACAGUGGUCUACCUUCCAGCAGCUACUAUCACAAGUAAACCUAGUAAAACAAGAUCAAGACAAGUGGGUGUGGUUGGCAGAUAGCACAGGGGAUUUCUCAGUUCAUUCUGCAUAUACUGCCUUUCAUAAUUUACAACAUAUUGGCCAAACUAAUAGCGUAUGUGGAGGGCUUUGGCAACUGGGAAUACCACCAACAGCAGCAGUUCUAAUGUGGAGAUUGGUUCAAAACGCCCUACCAAUAGUAGAAAAUUUGCAGUCAAGAGGUGUUAUAUUAAGCGACUCCCAAGGGCGUUGUGCUUUUUGUAAUGAAGUACAAGAAACUUCCUCUCACUUGUUCUUCUGUUGUCGGAUUACCAAUAAAGUAUGGCACCAUUGUUGGUCUUGGAUCUCAAUAUCAACUGUUCUCCCUCAAUCAACGCUUGAAAAUGUAUGUCAGUACCCAUAUCUCUGUCUUACCCAGCGUGAAAGGUCGAAGUGGGAUAUUAUAAGGAGUGCUGUAAUAUGGUGCAUAUGGCGUUGUAGGAACAACAAAAUCUUCAGAGGGGAAAAUGUAGACGUGGAGAGGUUGAAAAAUAACAUUGAUCACAUGGUCUGGUCAUGGCUAAAGAUCAACAACGAACUAUUCUGCUAUAGUUUUGAUCAAUGGAUGGCUAGCCCAGCUGCAUGUCUUAAGGCUUGA